UAUUUCCAUCUUUAGUGCCAGCACCCAAGCACGCGAGGGGACCUUCUCACAAGACCCGCGGCAGCACAGUUGAAGGACGUAAUUUGAUGACCUGUUUUGCGACAAGGUAGCAUAUCUCGGCCUUUGCUGUUUCGCAUCGGGUCUUUAGGAAGGACAUCAGAGCAGAGACUCGUAUCCACGUCAGUUACAGUGUGUGAAACCUGCGCCAAAAACAACAACAGCAACACAAAGACACACGCUGCGAAAUUCCAUUAUCAAGACGUUUGUCAAAGAAAACACUAUCUUCAAAGACUAGUACACAACGAAAUUUAUUUAAACAAAUCCAGACAAUACAUUUUUUACAAGACACAUAAGUAAGAUUAUAUCUGAAGGUAUCUACUUAAGCGCCUUUGACAAAAAACAACAACGAAAGCACUUGCUUCAAAGGACUUUUCAUUAGUUAGUUUACCAAAGUCACACUUCUGUUACGAGAUUUGCCCAUCAACACAUUGAAGAAAACUCUCCAAGACACAUCAAACAAGACACUUUCCUCAAGAUACAUCAAACAAGACACUUGCCCAAAGACACAUCAAACAAGACACUUGCCCCAAGACAAAUAAACAAGACACUUGCAAUAAGACACAUCCAACAAGACACUUGCCCAAAGACAAAUUAACAAGACACUUGCAAUAAGACACAUCCAACAAGACACUUGCCCCUAGACACCUCAACAAACACUUCCGGAAAACACAACACCACUCGCACGCCAAAAAAAACAACAAAACAACGAUCGAUUGCGUUGAACUGUGGCUAAGACCACCCACGUAGACCUUGCAUAUCCCCGUACGGGACGGGACAUUCGUCAACGGAGCAAUGAGUUCAAACACUGUGAAGAAAUUAAUGGAGAAGAACAAAAAAUAUUUAAAGAAGGCCAAAGAACUCGGCCUUAACCAAAAGGAAUUUGAUGAUAUCAACAAAGCCUUCUGUUUGUUUGACCAAGACGGGAAUGGGAAGAUAAGCAGGACUGAAAUAAGGGAGGUAAUCAAGGCGAUAGGACGGCCAAUGUCGGACAGAGAGAUUGCUGAGAUGAUGGGCAACGCUGACUCUGAUGGCAGCGGUUACAUCGAAUUUCCCGAGUUCCUUCCCCUGAUUGCCAACGAAUACAACGCCAAACAAGGCAUUGACAAAGAGGUCAGGGAAACCUUCAGGUCGUUUGAUCAAAAUGGCGACGGUGUUAUUUCCGCCAGAGAAUUCCGGCUAGCCGUGGCUAAGAUGGGACAGAACUUGACCGACGCUGAGGUGGCGGACUUCAUGAGGGGCGUGGACAAAGAUGGCGACGGUGUCAUCAGUUACGAAGAAUUCGCCAAAUACGUCGUGUCCAACAUGUGAUGUUGUCAUGGCAACGACGACAACCCACCAUUCCUUCAUCUUUUCUUCCUACGUUUACCUCCCCUAGCGGAGUUGUGGUUCCUUGACUCUUACACACUUUAAAAACUUUUUUUUUUUAAAUCACUCAAUCUUAAAUCACUAUUUAUUCAAUAAACUGGGCAAUAUUUAAUUAUUAUUUUUUAAUUACCUUUAUCCACACGAAAUUUUGGAGUUAGAUUUUUCAAAAUCUAACUCGUAAUGAAUGACAGUGAGUUUCGAGUGGGUCAUGUAUAUGCAUGUGUUGUAAUACAAGUUUCUUUUAUAAUAUUUUUUGAAUAUAUAUUAUAACUGGGACAUUUUCCCUUUCCCUUCAAUUUUACGGCGUUUCUUUUUUUUUUUUAUUUAUAAUAAUUUUGAUUAGAAUAUUUUUUUUCUUGUCCAUACA